AUGACAGGCCAACACAGCACUGCACUGCUACCUUCAGCAGUGAUAUUAUGGGUUAAGUUCCCACUCGGUGUUUCAUUCAUGUUAACCACAACUGUGUUUGGUGUGGAAACAUUGAUGCCGCCAUGGAGUUUCUAUACACAAGUUUCGGCGGAUAUGGACGCAGUUCGUGCAACACCAUGGGUCACAAGUCUAUCAAGCUGUGUUCGAGGUUUUUUGUUUCUGGAGACUUCUCGACACAACACUGAGGCUGUUUUGUGUGGAAACAUUGAGAUACAAACCACAACAUGCCAGGCCAACACAGCACUGCACUGCUACCUUCGACAGUGA